AUGUUGAAUGCUCUGUCCUCUCUCCUAUGGAAAACAGUAGGAGUAAUCGGAGCAACCGCCCCCAUUGCCAUUGCUCUGUCCCUCAUCACCUCCAUUUGGUUUUCGAAGGAUGAAUCCAUGGAGGGCCUGAAGAUGUUGGUUCGUUGGGAGAAAUGGCUGUGGGAGGGAGUGGUGAAUAGGCAAUAUGCUGGCCCUAGGAUGCGCACGGCGGCAAAGCAACGAUCGCCGGAAGACGCACGGGGCGGAGAAGUCUUGAUGGCGGAAGAUAGCCACGGGCGGGAUAGUGAUCCCCGACAGGAAUCUAGGGACCGGAAAUGGUACCCUCUGUCCAUAAUCGCCUCCAUUUGGUUUUCGCAGGAUGAAGCCAUGGAGGGCUGGGCGACGUUGAAUCGGUGGGUAAAAUGGCUGUGGAAAGGGUUGCUGUAUAGGCAAAAUGAUGGCCCUAUGCUGCGCACGGCGGCAAAACAACGUUGGCUGGAAGACGCACGGGGAGGCGAAUUCUUGAUGACGGAAGGUAGACAUGGGCGGGAUAGUGAUCCUCGACAGGAGGCUAGGGACCGGAGAUGGUGCCCCUGGAUAACAUAUGUAUCGGUAAUGUGUAGAAAGAACCUUCAAGAUUGGCGAACAACUAUACGCCCUGAUGGGGUAUGGGGCCAAAUCGAUGACCAGAGCGUAAAUCCGGUGAUCGGAGAUGAUGAUCGGACACUGGAGCUGACGUGGAGUGGUUGGCGGAAAAUCCGCAGUAUCCAAUUUGUUCGGGAUAUAGAUAAUAUUGAGUUGUUUAAUUUCGAAAUCAGGAGGAAGAUAUAUCUUAACCGAAUGCCGUUGGGGGAUUGGGAUGAGAAGCAGGGCAGAUCCCUGUGCGUGUCUGGUACAAAAUUAAAUCCUUUGGUUAUUCUCCUGGAUCCUACCAGGUUCCCAAAUUGGGUUAGGACUCUAGGAGCCUCUAUAAAUUUGGCAGAACUGUUCAGCAGCCUUUUCGUGCAAAAGAAAUACAAAGGCUGGCUGGUGAAUUGUUUACAGCGAGCAAGAGUUGGCCGUGAGAUUAACCUAUCGUUAAAAUUGAGAAUGGGUGACACAAAACAGAAGAGAAACAACGAGCAGCUAGGGCAGGGAGCAAUGGCGGACGCGUGCAUAUGCCAAGACCAGGUCGUGGAAUUCUCAACUGAGGAUGUGGCUGUGAGUAUGCAAAGGGCGAAGAUGAGUCUACUUGGGAGAUUGUUCAUCGAGAACCGACCGAGCCUCUCGGUGAUUCACAAGAUCGUAACAAAUGCGUGGGAAUGUCGUAAGAAGGUGCAGGUACUGGAGGCUGAGAUGGGGCUACUCCAAUUCCUGUUCGACGAUGCGGAGGACAUGGAAUGGGUGUUGAAACGUACGCCAUGGCCAGUGAAGGAUCGGGUGUUGCACCUCCAGCGAUGGGCGCCAGUCACAGAGGAGGUCUUUGAAUCGCUAGGAUUCGCACCAUUUGGGGUGCAGAUGUGGGGAAUUCCAUCCCACUGCCGCACAAUUGCAUUUGGGAGAAGAGUUGCGGAGAUGAAGCUAGGCGAGGUGAUUGACGUCGGGCUGUUCGGGGUGAAAGGAGAAUCGGACCAGUUCGUAAAGGCACGAGUAAAGAUCAACGUCCUCGAGCCGUUGCGAUCACAAGUCUGGGCGAGCAAUGAAGUUGCUGGGAAAUUCUGGGUGACAUUUGCCUAUGAAUUCCUCCCCCUGUUCUGCUUUCACUGUGGCAGAUUGGGGCAUAUGGAGAGGAAUUGUGUGUACCCGGCGCCGAUUGGGGAAGAGCGAUACAGUCAGGAGAUGGCGACGACUGAGGUUGGAUUCCGACUCAAUGAAGAGACGCUCAAGGCGGCGCAGUUCAGUGCCCCUCUGCUACCACAGUCGGUGUGGGUGAAUCCCAAAACAAAGGGGCAUCAGGCGGCCAACACAGCAGCAGCCCGCGGUGAGAAGAGGAAGGCAGAGGAGAAGGGGGUGUGGCGGGAUACGGUGUUGGCGAUACCCGCCGGCGGAGAGCAGGCUACAAAAGGGGCGCAGGGGAAGAUGCUGGCGGCGGGGGCUCGAGACGCGAUUCGCACAGGGGGAUCAGCAGCACCUUUGAAGGCUGGCCGCGGGUCUCAGGGGGAGGAGGCAGGGCAUCGGCCGAAGUCGGUGAGGCAGAAUAAGGCGGCACCCUCUGUUGGUCGCGGGAAGAAUCCUCUGUCAAAUGGGGGGCGAGCUCCAAUGGCGGCCAAGGAGCAAGGGGAAGUAGCAAAGGGGGGAGAGAAGGGGAAGCUACGGAAGGAAGAGGGAGCUGAUGAGGGACGUGAUACCCAGGGCAAGCUGCAGAAGGGGGAUCGUGAUUUGGUGGGGAAGCCGAGCAGUGGGCUGUCGGGUGCAAGCCUGGGGAAGGAUGUGGGCUUUGGGCCCAACUGCAGCGGGCCAGCUAAAGUGGCGGGGUGUGGGGAGGAAGUGAUGAUUGAUAAUAAGGCCACGGGGGAGGCAAAUGCAAAUCGAAAUGGAGACCGGUCCGAGGCGGGGAUGGAGAAACAGGAUGUGGGAGAGAAGCCGGUGGUGCUGGAGGUGGCCGCAGAAGUUGCUAAUGAGUAUGGAUCCAACCUGCCCAAACUAGCGGAAGUGUUCAGGAUGGCGAUUGCGGAGGACGAGCUGGACGAUCGCAAAAGGGCAGCGGACAUGGUGGAGGAUCUGCCGCGGGAUCCGACGCCGACGAAGAAAAUUUGCGCGGAAAAGUCAAGUGCGAAGCCAGUGGAGACGGUGGAGGUAGCCAGCCCGAAAUGGCCCCAAUCGAUUAAAUGA